AUGUGGUCCUGCCACGUCUUCCUCGCGGUCCUCUACUGCGGAGGACAGUUGGUGACCGCCGACAUCGACCGACGUCGGUUUUCCAAUCCCACUUACUACAAUGUCGGAGGAGUUCUCUCUAGCAACGAGUCUAUUGCAUUCUUCAAGGACACUAUAUCGAAUCUAAACUUCAAAGAUCAAUAUGUGCCAAGAGGAGUUACCUACCAUGAUUAUUCGAUGCUCAUGGAUCCGAAUCCUAUAAAAACGGCUCUGAACGUUUGUAAAGAUCUCAUUGCUCAUCGGGUUUACGCAGUCGUGGUAUCCCAUCCAUUAACUGGAGAUCUCUCUCCAGCAGCUGUCUCCUACACUAGCGGUUUCUACCACAUCCCAGUCAUUGGCAUAUCGUCCCGAGACUCAGCGUUCUCUGACAAAAACAUACACGUGUCGUUCCUUCGAACAGUCCCGCCAUAUUCACACCAAGCUGAUGUGUGGGUUGAUGUUCUGAAGCAUUUUAAUUAUAUGAAGGUCAUAUUCAUUCAUAGUUCUGAUACUGAUGGAAGGGCCAUUUUGGGACGGUUCCAGACGACUUCCCAAAGUGUGGAUGAGGAUGUAGACCGUAAAGUAGUAGUGGAACAGGUGAUUGAGUUUGAACCGGGAUUAGAUUCCUUCAGCGAUCGACUCAUGGAUGUUAAAGGUGCUCAGGCCAGGGUAUUCCUUAUGUAUGCAAGCAAAACGGACGCAGAGAUAAUAUUCCGUGACGCUACGUUCCUCAAUAUGACCACAGUUGGAUACGUGUGGAUGGUAACAGAACAGGCCUUGGAUGCUGCUAACGCACCUGAGGGCUUACUGGGCUUACGACUGGUCAAUGCUACGAACGAACAUGCUCAUAUCCAGGACUCCAUCUAUGUCCUAGCAUCAGCGAUUCGUGACAUGAACACAUCAGAAGAAAUUCACGCUCCACCUUCAGACUGCGAUAACUCAGGGUCUAUCUGGACAACUGGACGUCUUCUCUUUGACUACGUCAGGAAGCAACGCUUAGAGAAUGGUGCUACUGGUCAUGUGGCUUUUGACGACCAUGGAGACCGAGUUCAUGCGGAGUAUGACAUGGUCAAUGUUAGGGCUCAAGGAGAACAUGUGGCUGUUGGUAAAUACUUUUACUCGAAGGAAACUCAGAAGAUGCGUUUAGAACUAAAAGAGCAAGAGAUUAUAUGGAUGGGUCGAAGUACUUCGAAACCUGAAGGUUUCAUGAUACCAACGCAUCUUAAGGUAUUGACGAUUGAGGAGAAGCCAUUUGUGUACACUCGACGAAUUGACGAUGGGAGUGAAUGUACACCAGAAGAGAUUCCUUGCCCCCAUUACAAUGCCAGUGAAGAUACAGAUCAACUUUAUUGCUGCAAGGGAUUCUGCAUGGAUCUCCUAAAACAUCUGUCAAAGGCGAUAAACUUUACUUAUUCCCUGGCUCUUUCUCCUGAUGGUCAAUUUGGGAACUACAUUAUACGCAACUUCUCCCAGCCUGGAGCCAAGAAAGAAUGGACAGGGCUCAUAGGUGAAUUGGUAUAUGAGCGAGCAGAUAUGAUUGUCGCUCCACUUACUAUCAACCCGGAAAGGGCAGAGUUUAUUGAGUUCAGUAAGCCGUUCAAAUAUCAAGGUAUUACAAUUUUAGAGAAAAAGCCAUCACGUUCGUCAACGUUGGUAUCAUUCUUGCAACCAUUUUCCAACACGCUAUGGAUUCUGGUGAUGGUGUCGGUCCAUGUGGUGGCUCUUGUGCUGUACCUGCUGGACAGGUUCUCACCAUUUGGAAGGUUCAAACUGGCCAAUAUUGAUGGAACGGAAGAAGACGCCUUGAAUCUUUCGAGUGCAAUCUGGUUCGCUUGGGGGGUGCUUCUGAACAGCGGUAUUGGCGAAGGCACCCCUCGUAGUUUCUCCGCGAGGGUUCUCGGCAUGGUCUGGGCAGGUUUUGCAAUGAUCAUCGUAGCUUCGUACACUGCCAACUUGGCUGCCUUCCUCGUGCUCGAACGUCCCAAGACGAAACUCACCGGGAUCAACGACGCAAGGCUUCGCAAUACCAUGGAGAAUCUGACGUGUGCCACGGUAAAGGGGUCGGCUGUUGAUAUGUAUUUUAGACGGCAAGUUGAAUUGUCGAAUAUGUAUCGAACGAUGGAAGCGAAUAAUUACGAUAACGCUGAGCAAGCUAUCGAGGAUGUAAAGAAUGGUAAACUAAUGGCAUUUAUUUGGGAUUCAUCUCGUUUGGAAUUCGAAGCGGCUCAGGACUGUGAGCUAGUGACGGCUGGAGAACUGUUUGGUCGGUCGGGCUAUGGCGUGGGAUUGCAGAAAGGGUCUCCUUGGGCGGACCUUGUUACACUCGCUAUAUUGGACUUCCACGAAAGCGGUAUAAUGGAAUCUCUGGACAACCUAUGGAUACUUCGAAACAACAUGCUAAAUUGUGAAGAGAACGAAAAGACGCCGAACACUUUAGGCUUGAAGAACAUGGCAGGGGUGUUCAUACUUGUGUUAGCGGGCAUUAUAGGGGGCAUAGUACUCAUAGUGAUUGAGGUGGUGUACAAACGUCACCAGAUCAGGAAACAGAAGAGGAUGGAAAUCGCGCGCCACGCCGCCGACCGGUGGCGCGGAGCUGUCGAGAAACGGAAGACACUUCGGGCUGCCAUCUUGCCGUCUCAACGCAGGGCGAAGUCAAACGGCGUGAAGGAGGCCGGCAGUAUCAGCCUGGCCGUGGAGAGAGGAGCCCGACGCCGAGACGAGCCGCGUGUGCCUAGAUAUCUACCAGCUUACACGCCUGAUGUUUCACAUCUUGUCGUUUAAAAUCACUACAGUUAUUAAAAGACAGUUCACAUUGUGCGAGCGAAAAUAUCACUGGCUGGCAGAAUGCCUGAUGUAACUAUAUCCAUGAAAAUAGACUACAAAAAAGUCUUCGAACUCGCACUGUGUGAACGAGGCAUAAGUUGGUGUUGUUCGUCCUCAAAGUAGUUAGAAUUUGAAUCGUUGCUGUGAACUUAGCUUAUGAUAUAUGAAGAAUUUAUUAAGCUCAACUUAGGUAUUUAGUUAAUAAAUAAAUCUUACGUGGUAGUACACUAUUACAUUUUUAAGGGCAAUUUGAAGUUGUUGCCCUUUCUUUCUUAGUGCACUGACAGCCUAAUCAAUGACUGAACAUUUUUGGCCUAAGUUGUUUGGGCUUUAAGUUUGCCAAAUAUUUAUUUUGUUUCUAUCAGGGUAAGGCCUUACGGAAUACAUGCCUAUAUUUACUGCUGAACUCCAUAAUAGUUGUGAUUAGGUAAUUGUAAGGUAUGUGAAAUUAAUUCAGACUUUUUUUACUGAAUUCACUAGUCGAUGUAUACACAGAUUGUAUAUUUACCCCUUGAACUCUUGGUAUUAAAUGAAUGUCUAAGAAAACUUCAUACUUACAUAUAAGAUUAGCUAGUGUUUGACGUUAGUCAGGGUGUUUCAUAAAAAAAUAUAGUAAUUGGAAUUUGAUAUAUUUAAAUUACAAAUUGUUAUGUCGUUAUUAUUGUCCAAUCAUAUAAAUAUAUCUUGUUUUCUAUAAGUUUUUAUAUUGUUGUGUAGUUUAUCGAAUCAUCUACAUGUGACACCAAAUAAAUACUGAUUACUCGAGAUGGUUUAUUAAUUAUCUACUUGAGGUGCUUAAACUACUCAAAAUGAAAGACUAUUUUCAACACAUCUAUAUAUUUACAUAAGGAUUUUAACAGUGCUAUAUGGGAAUAAUAUAUACUUAGUACGUAACAAGAGCUAUGGUGCUCUGUGUUAACUGUCAAAAGCAAGCCAGAAUGUUAAGAUUGCCAGGAUAAACAUAAAGUAGGAAUGUAUUGUGCGGCUGCAAGGCUC